AUGCCUGCCUUAACUUCGUCUUCGAGUUCGACUUCAUCAGAAAAGGCGAACACCAAUGAACGUAGACUUCCGAAUCCAGUUGUUGUGAUUCGCUUCCUGGCUUUCGCACUUCUUGUAUUCCUGAACUUCCAGCUUCUGGUGUUCACGGCCUGGAAUAUUCAUGCCGCGUUGUCUAUUUCUUUGCCUGUAUCAGGCCCUACGAUUGUCUUUAUCUUCAAUUGCUGUUUUCUCUACCUCUUCAUCGUCUUUGCAAUGGUCGAAUAUAUACGGCCCUAUUCAAAGACUGGUCAGAUCAAGUUUGAACUAGCUUGGUCAGGCGUUAUCAGCUUAAUGUAUCUUGGGGCUACGAUUUCUCUAACCGUCGAUGGCCCUACGCAGGUAUGCGAAGCGACAAAGGAUUCAAGCAUCUGCGCGUCCGCCUCCUUGUUACUCCCCGUAGCUUGGGCGACUACUCUCACCCUACUUACGUAUCUCUUUGGCUUAGUUGUUCUCUGUGCUGUCCACGUGCCUUCGUACCCGGCUAUUUGGGACGACACGGUGUACAAGUUUCCGUGGUUCCUACAUCCCGACGGUACUUAUCAACCGUACGUCCGGGAGCGCAAGACGGACGAAGAGACUGGCGACGCUUCAUCGCCUACCAGCAUUGCGACCCACGGGACUCGCCGACGCUUCACUCUCGAUCCACCUUCCUGGGCUAAAGCUCUCAACGUGCGAAGAGGAAGAGACUCGCCUUUCGCUACCAGUGGCGUCCAGUCCGGCACACCAUCCAUGGUCCCGUCUUCAGUGACCGUUGCACCGUCGGUACCGCCCAAGGACCUGCGUAUCAAAGUACCUCCUACUCCAUCACGCGAGGGGUCCCCUUUCCCAGAUAGCGUCGACAACCAAGACAUCCCCAUACCUCUUCCACGUCUCUCAGCCUGGAUACGCGCUGAUGCCAUCCGCGGCAUCACUGUACACACAAUCCCAAUCCCCACUCCGUGA